AAAGGAUCCAAAGAGGAAAGGAUAGUAGGAGAGCUGCUUGUAGCUUUGGGAUUGCCUGAAUACAGUGUUGUUGCGCUGUUGCUAUAGCCAGACUACUACUAGCUAGCUAGCGACGAAUCAGGAAGCCAUGGAAAGAUCAUCCUUCAUUCACAAGCAAAAAUCUCUGUCUGUCCCUCCAAGAUUGCUGGAAGGCGUUGAAGUCUGGAAAAUUACGGCAAAUGGACGAAAGAUUGAACCUGCCACCUUGACUGUCUCAGCCGACAAGUUCACCAUUUCCGUCAUUGUCAAAAAGCCUAGAGCUGGUUUCUUUCUACGCCGUGUGGCGUCGACGGAGAGCGCCCAUCAUGACUCGCACAGCAAUGGUAGCAACGGCUCUACCAAAGAAAAGGACACUCGCGUGAUUGAUGUUGGAGCCAUUGACCGGAUUCAACGUGGACAGAAAUUCAUGCCAAAAGGAACGAGACGGCUUAGUGAUCCCAACGUUAGUAGGGGCGGGCAUCACCAAAAUGAAGCGGACAAGGUCUCUCCUGAACGUUCUUUCUCCAUCAUCUUCAGGGGACGAAGUCAGAUGGAUCUCAUGGCAAAAGACAGCAUGGACAGAGAUGAGCUCUUGGAUGGACUAGAUUUCCUCAUUCUUACAUACCAAGAAUCCAAAAAUAAAGUCGCCAGUGAUGUUCUUCUAUUGAGAUCUGUGUGGCUGGACGCCGACAAAGACAUGACUGGCAAAAUCAACUGCAAUCAACUUGGCAGGAUCCUAGAACGGAUCAACUUGGCUAUGAAACGACAACAAUUAAACAGCACUUACGAGAAAUUCGGAAAAGUCAUUGGAUUAGAUCGUGCCAUGAGAAGAAAGGGGCUCAAUUUUGAACAAUGCUGCACAUUCCUCCACAAACUCAAGCGAGACAGUUGGAUGGUCAAGCCUGUUACUGUUCUAUGGAACGAUGUGUUUGGAGAAUUCAUGAACAACGGAAAACCCAGAAUGACAGUCUCAGACAAAACAUUUUUGGAACGGUUCCUUCAUCGAAAACAAGCGGAGAAAAGUGCCACACUGGAACAAGUGAGCCGAACGUUCGCUGCGCUACACCAGAUGGAAAUCACUUUCGUCAACGAUGUUCUGCAAAACGAUUUGAGCAGAAUAGACAAAAACCGCUUCGAAGCCUAUCUAUUAAGCUCAGACAAUGAUGCUUUUGAUCCAGAGCGAGAAAGGUUCGACAGAAGAUUGAUGACAAGGCCAAUAUCAGAAUACUGGAUCAAUAGCAGUCACAACACAUACCUCACCGGGGACCAAUUCACGUCGCAUUCAUCGGUGGACAUGUACACAAGUGCUUUGUACAGAGGUUGCCGAUGUCUCGAGUUGGAUAUCUGGGAUGGAGAACGGGAGGCAACCAAUUCGAUGCCGGUCCCAGUGGUUUGGCAUGGCCACACCAUGACCACCAAGAUCCUCUUUGAAGAUAUCAUCAAGGCGAUUAAGCACUUCUUGAAUUUCAAUCCACAUGUUUUUCCCAUCGUUUUGUCGUUUGAGAAUCAUUGCAGCAUUCCAUACCAAGAAGUCAUGGCAGAACAACUGGUCAGAAUUUUGGGCAAAUCGCUCUAUGUUCCCCCCGAAAACUCCCUGUUCGGGCUGCUGCCGUCGCCGACAGUUUUACGUGGAUUGGUCGUGAUCAAGGGAAGACGACCUUUGGUUGGUGUAGGAGAUGACGGCUACGACACAGACGAGGAUUCUGAUGACGAGGGAAAUGUAAAAAGCAUGUCAGAUGAAAGCAAGUCGCAGCUACAGCAGAUCAGGCAGCACGGUGUCGCCCCACAACUAGCGAAACUUACGCUUUUCCAUGGGACAAAACACAAGAGCUGGGACGAAAGUGUUCAGUCCCCAACGCAUCACAUGCAUUCCUUCACUGAGAGCAAGGUCCGCACAAUGUUUCGUCAAAACAAAAGCAAGAAGUGGGCUGUGUACAACCAGUCCCACAUGACAAGAACUUAUCCUGCAGGUGCGAGGGUUGAUUCAAGCAAUUAUAGCCCGCUCUUAGCUUGGAGUGUUGGAUGCCAGAUGGUGUCUCUGAACUUUCAAACAACGGAUGUUGCUCUGCGUUCAAAUGAUGGCAGAUUCCGUGAGAAUGGCGGUUGUGGUUAUGUGCUCAAGCCUUCGUCUAUCUUGUCAGAUUUUGAUCCCACACAACCACCUCCGGUGCCAGUGAAGUUAUCAAUUCGAAUUCUUAGUGGGUCCAACUUGCCGAAGCCAAGGGGAGAAAGUGUCGGAGAAUGCAUCGAUCCAUACAUUAGGGUGUCCGUACUUGACGUCAAAGCUGAAGGGAAAGAAAAGGAGACCACCCACGCGACAGAUCCCUUCCCAGGCAAUGGAUUCUUUCCGAUUUGGAAUCAUGAAAAGUUCACUUUCAUUAUCGAAAGUGCAGCAAUAGCCAUGCUACAGAUUUCUGUCUACGACAAAGAGAAAGGGUCCGUGGUCGGAUCCGACGAGUUCAUUGCGGGAGCAUCCAUUCCUAUUUCCUGCCUGAGAAGAGGGAUCCGAAGCGUAAAGCUUUUUGAUGCCCACAACACUCGCAGUGGGGCAUUUGAUUUUGCUUCGUUGCUUGUGGAAAUCAGAAUAGAGAGGGCGGUAGGAGAGGUUUAGCUAUAGAGGUUACUAUGCAGCUAGCUAGCAGUGAAUGAAGAAAUGCUGCGGUGU